AUGUUGGACCGCGACAGAACCUCAAUUUUCCAUACCGUCGCAUAUCGAGAUCACGAGCAUUCUCCCCGAAACAGUGUGAUUUCGGUCGUACAGGAUGAUCGAACCAAGUCCAAGUCACUCCUCGCCUCUAUCAUGAUUGUUUCCGCGUGUACCCUAUCGAACAUGGUCAAUACCGCGAAUAUGACUGGGCCUUCAAUCGCUCUUCCGACCAUUCAACGCGAACUCAAUGUUUCCCAAGUUCAACUUGUAUGGAUAGUAGCUGCUUAUCCUUUGAGCUCGGGCUGUCUGUUGUUAUUGAUUGGCCGUCUUGCUGAUCUGUACGGGAGGAAGAAGGCAUUCAUUCUGGGUAACUUAUGGCUGAUCGCCUUCACAUUGGGGUGCAGUUUCGCCAACGACCCACUCACGCUCAGUAUUCUGCGUGGUUUGCAGGGUUGUGGGGCUUCAGCCACCAUCCCAGCUUCUCUCGGGAUUAUGGCAGGAGUAUUUCCUCCGUCCAAGGCUCGUUCCUUGGCUUUCGCUACCUUCGCCGGAGGAUCUCCCAUCGGCGGAGCUUUCGGAAUGGCGUUAGGCGGCGCUAUGACACAACUCACCAAGGCUACUUGGCGUUCCAAUUUCUAUUUUUCCACGGGACUUACAUUCCUUGCGUUACUCCUCGGGCUAUUCUUCAUAGACAAGGACAUGCCUUCUGAAGAGAAGGAUAAACGAACUGAUUGGAUUGGUGGUUUCCUUUCAAUCUCCGGGCUAGUAUUGGUGAUCUUUGUCCUUGGACAAGGCGAAGAAGCACCAAAUACUUGGGCUAACCCUUAUAUCAUUGCACUCCUCAUCGUCGGUGUUGCACUCACGGUUACAUACGCAUUUUGGCAACAUUUCCUCGAGCAAGUUUAUGAUGGAAAAAGAGUUUCACCUUACUCUUGGAUUCCGACACCUCCGCCACUGAUGCGAGUGUCGCUUUGGACGAGAUCCAACGGUCGCGUCGCCGUGGUCAUGGUAAUCGCAUUCUUCGCAUACGCAUCCUUCCUUGGAUGGUCUUUCUGGAUUUUGCUUUACUACCAAAACUUCCUAGGCCUUUCUCCCGUUCUCACUAUGGUUCGGUUGAUACCCAUGUUCAUCACUGGUAUCGCUUGCAAUGUUCUCGUCGCGAGUGUCGUCGGACGUGUUCCUCUUGUUGUUCUCAUGACUGCUGGAUGCCUAAUUACGAGUGGCGCCGCGCUUCUUUUCGCCCUAAUCGAUCCUAAAGCCAUAUACUGGGCCUUUGGUUUCCCAUCUGCAAUUCUCGCCGUUGUAGGUGCCGACUUCGUGUUCCCUUCGGGAACGAUAUUCGUUGCCAAAGUAUCCCUUCCACACGAACAGAGUGUAGCUGGAGCUGUUUUCCAAGGCAUGACUCAGCUCGGAGCCGCUCUUGGAACAGCCAUAUCCACGAUCGCCUACAACCGCGUUCUCGCAAAGCAAGCUCUCGGGUUAGGCGUCUCACCCGACGACAUCCCUCAAUCCUCUCGGUUAACAUCCUAUCAUGCUGCUCAAUGGGUCAACUUUGGGUUUGGAAUUUUCUCAUGUUCGCUGGCUAUUAUCUUUUUGAGAGGCGUCGGACCUGUUGGAGCUAAACCAUGCUUUAACCAACAUAAAAACCAUCACCAUUUACCUUGGUGGAAAAGGAGGCAUUUGCAUAAUGCACCACCACAUCACGCUCAAGCUCGUAGUGAUGGUAGUAAGAGUCCGGGGGAGACUUCGAACGAGACGUGGAGUGAUAAAAGUGGCGCCGCUGCUGGAGAGUCCGACUCGCGCCGGCAUUCGGUAGAACAUGCACCGGUGCAGGAGAAGAGAGAGAUGGAGGAGAGGAAGUCGGGUGAUGGGAAGAAGUCGAAUGAUGGGGAUACAUCUGUGGAAGUAAGGGAUGUCGAAGAGAAUUAG